AUGGAUAGAAUCCCGACUAUAAUGAUGACAGCGGCAAUGUCCAUGCUCUGGACUGCAACUGUCACAGCUGCCCCCAAAAGUCCAACCAUCCAGGAGCUGAAGGUGGCACUCGACUAUGGCUCCUUCCAAGGGGCCUACUCUCCCGACUACAACAUAUCUUACUGGCAAAAGAUACCCUUUGCCGCGCCCCCAGUCGGUGACCUGCGUUUCCGUGGCCCUCAACCACCAAAGUCGUACAAAUGCGGUGGUAUAUACAAUUCCAGCGAGGCGUUCGACAUGUGCCCUCAGAGAACAACAAACGGCUCAGAAGACUGCCUCUACCUAGGCCUGUACACAAGGCCCUGGACGCCCGCACAGCCCCUCCGCCCCGUCAUCAUCGCCUUCUACGGCGGCGGCUUCAUCCGAGGCUCGGCAACCUUUACGCCGCCGCCGUCGCUGUACCCGAUCCACAACCUGACGGGCGGCGACACGGUCGUAAUCUACCCAAACUACCGCACCAACGCCUUUGGCUUCCUCCCAGGACGGCAGGUCGCCGACGACUGGCCCGAGUCGGACCUGAACCCAGGCCUGCUAGACCAGCGCGCAGCCAUCGAGUGGGCGCGCAGCCACGUGCGCCACUUUGGCGGCGACCCGGACGGCAUCACCAUCCAGGGCCAGUCCGCCGGUGGCGGCAGCGUCUUGGCCCAGGUCCUCGCCGUUGCGGGACAGGAGGAGGAUUCGGAUGCGCCGCGGCCGUUCCGCGCCGCGCUGGCGAAUUCGCCAUUUUGGCCCAAGGUCUACCGCUACGACAGCCCGGAGGCGCAGUGGAUCUUUGACAAGGUCGCCGAGGAGGUCGGGUGCGGUCGUGCUCCUUCCGCAGCUGGGGAGGUGGACACGCGCCUGGCGUGCCUGAAGACGGCCGACGUCCAGGCGAUCCGCCAGGCUGCGCUGCUGGUCGCCGACAGCCACGUCUACACGACUUCGACGUUCACGUGGGCGCCGGUGAUGGACGGGCGGUUCCUGCGUCGGCCGCUGAGCAGUCUGGCGGCUUCUGGUAAGUCGGGGAUUUCGGCUGGCUUCGCAAUGUACAAUACGCAUGAGGGCGAGGACUUUGUCCCGCCGGCUGGUAAUCUGUCUUUCGACUCGUGGCUGCCGGGGUUCCUACCCAACCUAUCUCCCGGAGAUCUCGCAGCGGUGGAGUCCGCAUAUCCUGAAGUUGGCAGCUCGGAGGCUAUUACCGAGUACAGUAAUUCUUCGGUCCGCGCCGGGCUGAUAUAUCGUGAUGUGGUGCUGGCCUGUCCGGCCUUGUGGUUCGCCAACUCUAGCCGUCAGGGCUGGUUGGGUGAGUACUCCAUCAGCCCGGCCAAGCACGCGAGUGACGUCUAUUGGUGGAAUACAAUCAACCCAGUACAACAGACAGAUCGCUUCCAUUUUGAGGGGUACACGGGUGCCCUGGCGUCCUUCCUACAGAACAGGGAUCCAAACGCCAGAAAGCUCACAAAUUCGAGCAUCCCUGGCGUUCCGCCGCUCACGUCUGGGAAGGAGUUCCACAUUGACUCUCAAGGGUUCGGGGAGCUAGAGCUGGAGUACCUCAGGGAAAGGUGUGCUUUGUGGCAAAGCCUGGCACCCAAAGUGCCUUUGUAG